AUGCCCAACUCUACUAUCUACAAUGCCACUGAGAUAUCAGACUCGCAACACAAAAUUGCAAAAUCUGCAGCAGUAUUCAGUCCCUCCAGUGAAAAAGAAAGCAACCAGCACAGUGACAAUGAGAAUAUUCGCCGCGAUAAUGAGGAACAUAUCUCACAUGAUGCCCAAGCCGGUGUUCAGAAAAUACAGGCCGCUGCGGCAGUCUGGAGUAGGAAGCAUCUCAUAGCAGCACAUGUCUUUAUAUUCCUCAUCUAUUUUGUCGCCUCGCUCCAGGAGGUUGUAGUCCGUUCCUUGAAUCCAUAUGUUACGAGUUCAUUCUCCUUACAUUCCCUGACAGCGGCUACAAACAUCAUGUCGAGCAUCAUAGGCGGAGUUGCAAAGAUCCCGACCGCUAAGAUUCUCGACACAUGGGGCAGGCCUCAGGGAAUCGGGCUCAUGACCUUCAUUUGGACGAUAGGCUUUAUUAUGAUGGCUGCUUGUAACAGUGUCCAAACUUACGCAGCAGCACAAGUAUUUGCAGUCACUGGUGCUCAGGGCGUUAGUUACUGUUUGACUGUUUUCAUUGCUGAUACCUCCUCUCUAAAGAAUCGUUCUCUUAUGCUAGCUGUUGCUACGACUCCAUAUAUAGCAACUACCUGGCUGGGUGCACCAGUUUCCCAGAGCAUAAUCAGUGGACCUGGUUGGAGAUGGGGGUUCGGCGCAUUCGCCAUAGCGGCUCCUGUGGCUGUUGCUCCCCUGAUUAUUCUCUUCUUAUACCAUCAGAAAAAGGCACAAAAGGCAGGCAUCAUCAAACAUCAAAAGAUCGAGGUUAGUUUUCGAUCUUUGAAACGGUAUGCUAUUGAUAUUGACCUUGUGGGUAUCGUUUUACUUGCUGGAGGCAUGUCAUUAUUCCUCCUGUCAUUCAGCCUUUAUUCGUAUCAAUCUGAAAAGUGGAGGUCUCCAAUGAUCAUCUGCAUGAUCACUUUUGGUGGAGCUUUGCUUAUUCUAUUUGCCUCCUACGAGAAGUUCUGGGCACCUAAGACGUUUAUCCCAUUCGAAAUUCUCAUGGAUCGAACCGUGUUCAGUGCCGGACUGAUGUUCGUCUUUGUGUUUUUCAAUUCCAUGGUGUGGGGGAGCUAUUUCUUUUCUAUGUUGCAGAUUGUCUGGAAUCAGAGUGUCACGAACGCGACGUACAUUAACGGAAUAUAUCGGACUGGCUCCUGUCUAUUUGCACUUGUCGUUGGCCUACUGGUGCGUUGGACGGGGAGGUUCAAAUGGCUAGCAUUGUACUUCGCCAUUCCCCUUAUGAUGCUAGGGGUUGGGCUUAUGGUCGAGUUCCGGCGCCCAAACAGCGACAUUGGAUAUAUCAUUAUGACCCAAAUUUUUGUUGCCGUGUCUGGAGGAACGAUAGUUCUUUGUGGAGAGCUGGCCAUGAUGGCACCAUCAGAUCAGCAGCAUCUCGCCGCAGUUAUUGCUGUGCUCAAUUUAUUCGGAAGCAUCGGUAGCGCUGCGGGGGGGACGGUAGCGACAGCUAUAUGGACCAGUGUCUUCCCGGAGGCGCUUCGGAAGUAUUUGCCACCAGAUGUGGAUGCUGACCAAGUAUACGCAUCCAUCAUUGCUCAGAUGUAUUAUCGGCCAGGGACCGCUGCGAGGGAUGCUAUAAAUCGAGCAUACGGUGAUGCGCAACGAUAUAUGCUCAUUACCAGCCUUUGUCUCUUGGCGGGUGCAUUGGUAUCCGUGGCAUGCUGGAGGGACAUUAGGGUCAAAGAUAAUAAACAGGUGAAGGGCAUGGUUGUCUAG